AUGGGCUUCAAGGACUGGGCCAAGAGGCGCGGCCUCAUCACAUCGGACCACAAGACUACACGCGCCGCCGAGCUGACGCUGCGCGAGUCCAUCUACCCCAUCUGCCUCGUCACCAUCCUCUUCUUCCUCUGGGGGUUCUCGUACGGACUGCUCGAUACGCUCAACAAGCACUUCCAGAACAUCCUCCACAUCAACAGGGCGCGUUCUUCUGGCCUCCAGGCUGCUUACUUUGGUGCCUAUCCGCUCGCAUCGCUCGGCCAUGCGGCCUGGCUUCUCCGUCACUAUGGCUACAAGACUGUCUUCAUCUGGGGCCUGUUCCUCUACGGCCUCGGCGCCCUCCUGGCCAUCGCGGCCAUCAAAAAGGCCAGCUUUGCCGGCUUCUGCGUCUGCAUCUUCAUCAUCGGCAACGGCCUGGGCUCGCUCGAGACGGCGGCCAACCCGUACAUCACCGUCUGCGGACCACCCAAGUACUCCGAGAUCCGCAUCAACCUGAGCCAGGCCUUCAACGGCAUCGGCACCGUCGUCGCGCCCGUGCUCGGCUCCUACGUCUUCUUCGCCUUUGACGACACCCGCGCCCUGGCCAACGUCCAGUGGGUCUACCUCUCGAUCGCCGUCUUCGUGCUGCUCCUCGCCAUCGUCUUCCUCUUCUCCACCAUCCCCGAGAUCACCGAUGCCGACAUGGCCUUCCAGGCCGCCGAGACGCACGCCGGGCAGGACGACAAGCCGCUGUGGAAGCAGUACCGCCUCUUCCACGCCGCGUUCGCCCAGUUCUGCUAUACCGGUGCUCAGGUCGCCAUCGCCGGAUUCUUCAUCAACUACGUCGUCGAGACCUCGUCGUGGAACGACGUCGCGGGGUCCAAGUUCCUCGCGGGCGGGCAGGCCUCCUUCGCCGUGGGCCGCUUCGCCGGCGUGGCCAUCAUGCACUUUGCCCGGCCGCGGUGGGUCUUCGGCCUCUUCCUGACGGGCUGCAUCGUCUUCAUCGCGCCGACCGUCACGCAGCGCGGCAACACGGGCAUGUCGCUGCUCUACGUCUGCAUGUUCUUCGAGUCCAUCUGCUUCCCGACCAUCGUGGCGCUCGGCAUGCGGGGGCUCGGGCGGCACACGAAGCGGGGGUCGGGCUUCAUCGUCGGCGCCGUGCUGGGCGGCGCGUGCGUGCCGCCGCUCACGGGCGCGGCGGCCGACGCGCACGGCACGGGCAGGGCCAUGGCGGUCCCGCUCGCGUUCUUCGUCGCGGCGUGGUCGUACGCGCUGUGCGUCAACUUUGUGCCUGCGUACCGCGACGUCGCGGACGCGUUCACGACGGCCGAGGUCGGCCUGCAGGGCCACGCGCGCGAGGACGGCGCGGUCGCCGUCGACGAGGAGAAGGGCGCUGGCGAUGUGCAGAAGGUGGCGUGA